AUGUAUAAGCACAUUUUCUUAAUAACUUUAGCCUCUGUUCUUUUCGCAACACUAGUUACCGCAGCUCCAGUAGGAUCACAUGACGGAAAUGGCAAUAACGCUCAUGUUGGUAAUAGCGACCAAGGAAGCUAUAAUGGAAAACACGAAUGUGCGGAUCCUUGGCCUCGUAUUGCAUCAGCUUCAGGCACAGUUGUAACUAUAACAGAAAUCAUAACGGUAAUUACAAUUAUGGAAGCAGUAACAGGAUGUUAUAAUUUUGGAGGAAACAAUAAUGAAAGUAGCGAUAGCAACUACAUGUAUAAAAGAAGCAAUAGUGCCGAUAUGUACAUGCAUUAG